AAUAAACACCACAGAAGAAGAAGAAGAAGAAAAAUCACGUCACUUCCGGUCGCCCCUCAUGCGGGGAGUAGCAGUAAAACCCGUCCGGUGCAGAUCUGACCCGCAGAAGAAGAAGGGGCCGCUUCCAGUCAGCAGAGAAGAGGAAGCGAGAGUAACGGCAGCAAGUCGCGUUGUGUUCCUCACUGCUCCGGCUUGUUAACCGUGUUAUCCGGUAUUAGUUCAGAGUCUAACUGUGUCCGUCUGUCGCCGCCGACAUGCCGGACUACCGGGCCGACCCGUCCUCCCUCACCAAGGAGAAGCUGAAGAGCGAGCUGCUGGCUCACAACGUGGAGCUGCCGAGCGGCAACCCCACCAAGGACGUGUACGUUCAGCUGUACCUGAAGAACCUGACCGCCCUCAGCCUCAACCACAGCCAGAACCAGAACCAGAACCAGAACCACAGCCACAACCAGACUGUGGAUGUUUUCUCCAGCGACGAGGAGCUGCCUCCGCCGGUCCUGGUCUCCCGGAGCCGCUCCUCCGGCAGGAAAGCCACCAGGAAAACCGACAAGGUUCUGCCGGAUGAGAUGGACGUCACCGUGCUGACCGACGUGGGCCUGAAGGACGAGCUGCUGAAGCACGGGGUGGACGCAGGGCCGAUUGUUGCAUCCACCCGUAAGCUGUACGAGAGGAAGCUGCAGCGGCUGCUGGAUGACGGUCCUGCACAGCCGCCGCUGCCGAAGCUGCUUCUCACAGAGAUCCAAGUCAACCACAACGGCAACUCUGAAUCAGACCUGUACAGUGACAAGGAGGACGAAGUGACAGCGGAACCAGAACCAGAACCAGAACCAGAACCUGAGCCUGAACCUGAACCAGAACCAGUUCCAGUGUUGGAGAGACCGGUGAGGAGCAGAGGGAAGACGCCCGUCACCACCCGUACCCGCAGCAGCCAGCACCACACGCAGAUAGUGCCUGAGGAUCUCAGGCCUGUAUUGACCAGUCAGGUCCAGUUGGAGUCUGACAGGAGGGUUCACCACAGACUGGACAGUCCAGCUCGUGUUGAUCCGCCCUCCAGCUCAUGCAGACCUGCUCAGGAAGCCUCUUUGGCUUGUACUGAACAGAGUCCACGACCCGCCGCCAUGCCGUCCAGGCCUUCCUCCCCUCUGGUUCAACUCACCAAAGUCAACCCGGUCACCUUUAGCCCCAUGAGUAACAUCUCGCCCAUUAAGAGACAAGAGUACCACUGGUCUCUGUCGGACCAGCUUGGAUCUAAGCCUGGCGGGGUCUCUGUAGCACGGGUGGAGAAGAUUGCAGCCAGCGACCAAACCCUAAAAGUGGAGGAGAAUGACGUCCUGAAGGAGCUGUUCCCUAAUGACAUCAACAGUCCAACAGGAAUCACCGCCACCUGUCGACGACCCAUUAAAGGAGCCUCCCGUCGCCCAGUGAAGUCCAGCGACCUGUGGAAUGAUGAAAACUACGUCUUCUCUCCAAAAGCCACCAAGACAACCAGCUCCUCCUCCUACACAGAGAGCUGCACUGUCAACAGAGUCACCAGUCUGCCCCCCUCCUCCCCCUCCUACACCUCCUCCACCUCCUCCAACUCCACCUCCACAUCCUCCUCCAGGCUUCUGUCUGCAGCGCCGCCUGCAGGUCAGACCAAAGCGGCGUACCGCAGCGUGUCUCUGUGGAUAAAGCUGUUCCUGCUGGCCAUCGUGGCUGCUUUCCUGUUCUUGGUUUACCAGGCCAUGGAGACCAACACCAUCAACCCUUUCACAGCCCCAGACACAGAAGUGGCCAGUGGCAGCACAGCGUAGAGAGCACAGGAAGUGUCUGACGGAGGAGGGGAAAUAGAAGCCUGCCUGCUUUUAUUUUUCCAAAGUGUGAAUAUGCAUCGUAGCCGUUUUUAUUCAUGGGAGCUGUGAAAUGAUGUGGCAUCUUCGCCCUAUUUUCCUCAAGAUUUUCUCUUUUUCUUUUUUCUAAAUCAGUGAAUCCCUCAAGAGGGGCGACGUAGCCGUUUCAGUGACACUUCAAGGAUCACCGUGACAUGUUGUGAAAGGACGGUACCUCCUGUGCCACACACAGUAGCUUUCAUAGAAAUAUGUGGACUCACUUUUUAUUACUGUGUUUAUUUUUUUUUUUAUGUCAUGCAUAUUUGCAUUGUGCGUGAGUGUGUGUGUAUGGUUGAGAUUAUUUUCUCACACUUUGCCUUAGUGUCUGUCUCUGUUAGUCAUUAACAGCCUUGAAGAUGGAGUAUGAGCCUGUAUUUUUGUUUUCUACCUUACUCGACCAUCUUUGUUAAUGAGACAGGGAGGCUUGUUAUUAUAAUCCAAAUACUUCUCAAAUCUUCUUAAACUCUACAACGAUAUUUUCUUAAGGUUCCCUUCUAAUAAAUUGAAUGUCCCCGUGUAUUCUACUUCAUUAUGUAUUCAUUGUCACAAAUAUUGAAUAUCCACUCAAUAAAAGUAUUAUGUUGUUACUGUG